AGGAGAAAUGACCUAGGCGCUGCUGCCGCUGCCGCCGCCGCCACCGCUGGGUGGGAUCGAACCCGGAAUCCGACGCUGCCAAGGGCAUUGCUUUAGACAGAGGAGCGACCGGGAUCGCCUUUCUACCCGUCGCACGACCCAGCGGGCAGGGAGCAUCGCCGGUUUUGCCGCCCUCCGAGCGUCGCUUUCCCCGCCCCGGUGGCGACGGGACCCCCUUUCCCCUUCUUUUUCCUGUGGCUGCCCCGCGUUCUCUCUCCACCUCCUCCUCACCCCUGAGCAUGUUUCCGAGGCGGCCCGGGCCCUGGAGAAGGACGCCGGCGGCGCGCACCCUUUCCGCGCAUUCGGCAUCAGGGCAGCGCCCUGCGAGUGUGGAGUGAUGCGGGAGUGGGCAAGGGCCAGCGGGCGAGAGCUGCGAACCCCCGUCGCCGCUGCGUCUUCCUCGUCGUUGUCCUCCUUGUCGUGCGCCCAGGUUAGACCGAGAGAGCGAGCGAGCGAGCGAGAGACACACACACAAACACACACACACAGAGAGCCCGCCGGGAUGUUUUCUUCGCCGCGAAGCGCGCUUGGGCUCCAGCGGAACUAGAGCGGCCGCAGCUCCUGGACGUCCCGCGGCGGAGCAGGGCUUUUCUUUGGCUGCGUGGAACCUCCCGGGAGGGAGGACUUGAGCGCGGCUGGCUGCUCGUUGACAUCUCCUCUCCACCUCGCGCCAACGCCUGCCCUCUUUUCCUGCUGCGGGCCAGACGCCCGAGCCGAUCCCGCGGCCGGAGCUAGGGCAGGGGCGCCGCCGCCGACAGCAAAAAUAGGCACGGAACGCACCGCGCUGCUGAAUCGGCCAGCCGAGCCGUUCCAUGUGGAGCUUGGCUCGAUGGACGUGGCCGAGUGUGCUGCCGCCGCCGCCGCUGCUACUGCUUCUUAGACGAUCGGCGGGAUCCUAAAAGGUUGAUGACCAUGGUUGCCAGGACCUGCUCUCUACUAGCGCUGCUGCUUUAUCACAUAUUGCCCGGUGGUUCAGCCAGCCUCAUUCCAGAGGUAGGCGACCGGCGGAGGUUCAGUGGCGAUUUGGGCCAGGUUGCUCCACUGCAGCUCUCAGAAGGUAUCCUGCGUGAAUUUGAGCUACGCCUGCUCAAUAUGUUUGGGCUUCAACGGCGGCCCACUCCAAGCAGGAACGCCAUUAUCCCCCCCUACAUGUUGGAGCUCUACCAUCUGCACACAAGUCAGAAGCCAAUCGCCAUGGACUAUAAUUUGGAAAAGGCGACCAGCAGGGCCAAUAUUGUCAGGAGCUUUCACCACGAAGAAGCACUGGAAGAUCUUCCAGAAAGAAGUGGGAAAACAUCCCGGCGAUUCUUCUUUAACCUAACGUCAAUCCCUGAUGGGGAGUUAGUUACUUCAGCCGAGCUUCAGGUUUUUCGGGAGCACACCCAAGAUGCCUUUGAAAGUAAUGGCAGCUAUUACCACCGUAUUAAUAUUUAUGAAAUUAUAAAGCCAGAGGGAGAGGCCUCCAAGGACCCUGUCACGAGACUCUUGGACACCCGCUUGGUGCAUCAUAACACUAGCAAAUGGGAAACGUUUGAUGUGACACCUGCUGUAGUGAGGUGGAUUGCACAUGGACAACCCAACCAUGGUUUUGUGGCAGAGGUUGUGCACUUGGACAGUGAGAGCAGUGCCUCCAAGAGGCACAUCCGGAUCAGCAGGUCGUUGCAUCGGGAUGAUGCCAGCUGGUCUCAGAUCAGGCCGCUGCUAGUCACCUUUGGGCAUGACGGAAAGGGACACCCUCUCCAUAAGAGAGAGAAACGUCAGGCUAAGCAGAAACUGCGUAAGCGCCAUAAAUUCAAUUGCAAAAGGCACCCUUUAUAUGUGGACUUCAACGAUGUAGGGUGGAAUGACUGGAUAGUGGCCCCACCGGGUUAUGGUGCCUUCUAUUGCCAUGGAGACUGCCCCUUUCCAUUGGCAGAUCACCUGAACUCGACAAACCACGCCAUUGUUCAGACUCUUGUCAAUUCCGUGAAUUCCAAAAUCCCCAAAGCUUGCUGCGUGCCGACAGAACUGAGUGCUAUCUCCAUGCUGUACCUUGAUGAAAAUGAAAAGGUUGUAUUAAAGAACUAUCAAGAUAUGGUUGUGGAGGGCUGCGGAUGCCGCUGAUACAGCAGCAAAAUAAAACGGACACAUACAAAAUAAAUAGAAAACGAGAAACAAAACUUGACACUUUAAUAUUUCCAAUGAAGACCUUAUUUAUGUUAUGAAAUGGAGAAUUAAACACAUCUAUUUUGAAAAUCUAUUUAUGACUACAGAAAAAAGCAAGGAAAAAUAUUUUAAUCAGAGAAUUAUUCCUUUAAAAGAUUUUUAAACAUAUUUUAGUUGUACAUUUUAUAUGGGUUUAACCCCCCUUCCCCUCAGCACAUGAAGUAUAAAGGUCAGAUUCUUAUUUUGUAUUUAUUUACUAUUAUAACCACUUUUUAGAAAAAUAGCUAAUUUGUAUUUAUAUGUAUAAUCAAAAAAGCAGAAAAAAUAUAGGGUUUGUACAUAAUUUAAAACAAAUGGUAGCUGUUUUCAGUUGUGUGUAUUUAAAUGAGUCGAAAUGUGUACAUGGAAGGGUUACUAUGGCAAAGGUGCAUAAUGCAUUUUGCUUUCUGCAGUUCUACUGUUAAGGUCACAAGUGCAAGUCCAAUGAAAAGUGGCUAAUCCACCCUGCUGACUCAAGAUUAUAUUGUACAAUUCUCAGGAAUGCUGCAGGGUGGGCUGCCCAGUCCAUGAGAAACUGGCAUCCUCUCACUGUGGAGCAUUUGGAUAAGAACCAGACAUUGCCAAGCAGGUCGAAAUAGAGCUGCUGUUCCUCAUGGAGGGGUGAUGUGACCACCAACUGGGCUGAUUGCAAACGUCUCUUUCCUUUCUCCUCCCCACCCACUGUCCCGUCACACCUACAGAAAAGCAAAAUGUCUAUGCUGUUCGUCCCCCUUUUCAGUAGUUCAUCCAUUGGAAUCCAUUGUCCUGGCCAAAUAUUAAAUAAAAGACCCGUUUUUAAAA